AUGGGACGUAAGGAGCAUGGAGGACUUGGCAUGGACGCAGCUCAACUGGAUACGCAAAGGAAGAAGGAGGAAGCCAUCUUGAAGACCAGACCAUCUACUCGACCAACCGGUCGAGUUCCUCAACUCGACCGGCCAAGCUUCAACUCGAUCGAGCUGAGAAGUCAACAGUCAAACCCGAAAAAUGUUGCUUCCCCCUUGACUUCCUUUGACCCUAAACCUAAUCCUCUUGGAAUUGUUGACUGUGUUUGUGUUUGCAUCUUACCACCUCAUCAUAUACCACUGUUGCAUUCCACCACAUUUCAUUCAUAUCUUUCACAUCCACACACAAAUCCUAUCAUCACAACUCCAGCUCCUGACUCAGACAUAGAAAUCGUCGCCAGAUACGCCUCACAGCCCCGCUCUAACAACUGCUCGGCCUGA